AUGGGGUUCUACGACCAGGUCGUUCUGCCAGGAACGGCACUCCUUGGGUCUUUAUACCCGUCUUCUACUGUUGAUCUUGGCUACGCGACAUACGCCGCUGCCAACACCAGUCUGACACCGGGCGUGACGAGUUUCCUUGGGAUUCGUUAUGCCGCCCCGCCUACAGGCGAGCUGCGUUUCAACGCACCUCAAGCGCCUCAUGUUGUCGAGGACGUACAACAGAGCGCGAUGCCACCGCCGUGCUAUGGGGGUGCUGCAUUCGGGCUUGCGACCGAGCCCACAUUCUACAACGCGGGCGGCAAGGCCGCGAAUGUAUCUACGCUCAACCCCUUUGACAUCGCGGACGGGUCGAGUGAGGAUUGUCUCUUUCUGAACAUACAUGUGCCAGACUCGCUCAAGCUCGAGGGCAAUACGUCGGUCCCAGUCCUUGUAUGGAUCCAUGGCGGCGGGUACAUCGGAGGUAGUCAUAUGAUGUACCCAGCCGAGAACCUCGCGCGUAACGCGCAUGGCGGGUUGGUCGUCGUCAGCGUACAGUACCGCCUUGGCCCAUUCGGCUUUCUCGCUGGCAAAGACGUCAAGGAGGGCGGUGCCUUGAAUGCCGGCCUGCUUGAUCAAGAGCUCGCGUUGAAGUGGGUGCAGAAGCAUAUCACAAAGUUCGGCGGCGACCCGGAUCGUGUGGCCAUCUUCGGAAACUCGGCAGGUGCGGGCUCGGUGCUGCAACACGUCGUCGCGCACGCAGGCAAUACGCAGCCUCCGCUCUUUCGCGCUGCGCUCGUCAGCUCGACCUUCUUACCUAGUCAGUAUGCGUGGAAUGACCCUGUGUCGGAGGCGCUGUAUCGGACCAUCGCGAAGGAAGUGGGGUGCACGGGAGAGGGCGUGUUGAGGUGUCUACGCGCAGUGGACCCUGGUGCGCUUACCCUCGCAGGCGCGCGCGCGACAUAUGCCGGCUUUCUAGGCACCUUCUCUUUCGUUCCGGUAGUUGAUGGCGCAUUCAUUGUUGAAAGACCGUACAAGACCCUCCAGAGGAAGUCAGUUAACGGAGAGAUGGUUUUCGCAACCAGUACUACCGACGAGGGCUUCAUCUUCGCGCCCGAGUCGAUCACAACGAGCCUUGGCUUGGAGGAAUACGUGAAAGGUUUGUUCCCAGCGCUCCAGGGUGAAGACGUCCGGAGGGCAGUUGAGCUCUACACCGGUUCGGGCGCGGACGUGGCAUCCGCUGCAUCGCAGAUCAUGGAUGAAGUCAUCUUCUCGUGCCCAGGGUAUACAGUCCUGGAUGCAUUUGCGGGCGCUGGGAAGCCAGCGUGGAAGGGCCUCUUCGAUGUGACUCCCGCUUGGCAUGGUCAUGAUCUGCUCUAUAUUUUCGAAGCGGAGAUACAUGGUAUAACCGCACGGCUCAUACCGCCUAGCGAUACGGAAUUGGGCCACGCGAUGCGGGCGGCAUUCAUCGGCGCGGCCACAGACCUCGAUCCCAACAGUCUCGCCGCUACGCCAGAUUGGCCUCGUUAUACGGAAGAUGCUCAUGUAGAGAUGCUGUUCAAUAGGACGCAGGAUGGGCUGCAAAGCAACAUGGAGGCGUUCCCGACGAACCAUGCGCUCCUCGAGCGCUGCGCGUUCUGGCAGGGGAUAGCAGAUAUGACUGCACAGUAG